AGAAGGACGCCCCUUGCAGCCCUAGCAGCCCAUGAUCAGCUCCAGCUGCUUCCCUUCAGCACGGAGAGAUGCGGGCGGUGGGGCUGCUACUGCUGCUGGGGCUAGCUAGCAUGGUGCAUGGGCUCUGCUCACCCACUGUGUUCUACAGAGAUUGCUGGAUCCGCCGCUUCCCGGGGAUGCUCUUGGACCUGGAGGAAUCUCAGAGGCUGGGCGCCCAGUUCCUCAAGUACUACUCAGAGAACACUGGGCAGAAGUGCGGCCGGAGCUGCUGCCUCCGGAAGGAUGUUUCCUGUAAUGUGGCUGUCUUCUUCCACGAUCCCAUCCACGACAAUGUCAACUGCCUUCAUGUUCACUGCCCAACCCUGGAGAGCUGCAUCCUGGAGCCCGGGACCAGUGCCAUUCUGUAUAACAUAACAGCAGGCACAGACCCAGACUUGCUGGUUUUUGAGCAUACAUCUCCUAUUUACCCAAACACCCGCUCCUCGUCCGAAUGGUGGGAUAGACUGAGGAUUCUAAAAGCUAUGACUGUAGGUAGUGAAGGAGUAUACCCAGAUGUGAUGAACCACGUGGUGCCAUCCACAGAGGCAGCGUCAACCACACAGCAGGAUUUAGGUGCAAACACAGGUAUCAGUUAUUCCAGGAAGUCAACCACGGAUGUAGGGAUAAGAUUCACUUCUGCGAAUGUGUCCACUGCUACCAAGGUCAACAUGGUGUCACCAAGCACAGACUUCACCCACAGUCCAGGCAACAAGACUAUUUCUCCUUACUUUGGACCCACAGACACCAGAGUUUCUCGGGUGCCCAGCCAGUCUCGACUCAACAUUAGCAAACCAUCAGUGAACAAAACAAAGGGGUCCUACAGCGGGAACCACUCGUUUGAGAAGGAAGAGCCACGGGAUGGAGCACCAGCGUCUGCAGGGGUCUGGCUGGCUUGUGUAACCCUGGGUGCUGCCAUCGUCAGCCUUUGCUGCCGUGUGGUCCUCGGGACAUCCAGAUGCUGUGGGAAGCAGCAGGGCUGGUCUCACGUGGGACAAAUUGGGUCAGCAUCUGGGUACAAGCGUGACACACUGAAGGAAAGCUCCUAAAGGCUGGAGACCCUAAGGCUUUCUGUGAGAAAGAGCAUUUUAUAAAAGAAAAAAAAAAUUCUAGGAUACCAAUAUCUACCCAAGCAAAGGCUUGGUAAAGCUGUCUACUUCCCCAGUGGUUUCCAUUUCCUGAACUGAGGAAGGGGAGGGGAUCCUACAUUAGAAGUGAUAACAUCUUUGACCCCAGCACUCUGGAGGAGGCAGGAGGAUCAGAAGUUCAAGGUCAGUCUCAGUUAGAGUGAGUCCAAGGCUAGCCCAGGUCAGUCUCAGAGUGAGUCCAAGGCUAGCCCAGGUCAGUCUCAGAGUGAGUCCAAAGCUAGGCCAGGUCAGUCUCAGUUACAGAGCGAGUUCCAGGCCAGCCCCAGCUCCAUGGGA